GACUACACGUAAACCCACAGAGCAGCUCCUCAAUUCCUAUCAUUCCCAGACUGAUCGCUCCUAAUUUUUCCGACCUCGGUUCUUAAAUCGAAAACCCAGAAAUUUCGGGGAUUAGAGUACAAGGGUUUCACUUGCCCACUGUCUUGGACGAUGUCUUGAAGAAGAAGAAGAAUAAGAAGAAGAGUGAGAUUCCGAUUAUUGGACCCAAUGGUGAGCCCUGCAGGAAGUGGAGGAGGAAGAAGAAGAAUCUUUGAAGAAUUUUCACCGGGGUAUUAUGGGGUUUGCGCCAUUGGAGGAAUGCUGAGUGCUGGCACAACCCAUCUCGCUUUAACACCUUUUGAUGUCCUCAAAGUCAAUAUGCAGGUGCACCCGGCGAAGUACAGAAACAUACCAACUUGCUUUACCAUUCUACUGAAAGAAGAAGGUCCAUUGGUGUUUUGGAGAGGAUGGGGUGGGAAGUUCUUAGGGUAUGGCGUUCAGGGUGCUUGUAGAUUCGGCCUGUAUGAAUACUUCAAGAACGUGUACUCGAAUUUUCUCGGGGAUCAAAGGAAGAGUUUGAUAUUCUUUCUGAGCAGUGCAUCAUCUGAAAUGAUUGCUAAUUUCGCUCUCUGCCCGUUUGAGGCCAUCAAAGUCCGAGUUCAAGCACAUCCUCACUUUGGGAAAGGUCUGGCUGAUGGAUUCCCCAAAUUAUAUGCUUCUGAAGGAGUCCGUGGAUUAUACAAAGGGCUUAUACCGCUUUUGGGACGAAACCUACCAUUCUCAUUAGUUAUGUUUUCAACAUUUGAACACACGGUGGAUUUCACGUACAAAAAGAUAAUUCAGAAGAGGAAGGACGAUUGCUCAAGAGCGCAACAGCUUGGGGUGACAUGUUUUGCAGGAUAUGCAGCUGGAUCUAUUGGUAGUAUUGUUUCUAAUCCAGCUGACAACAUUGUUGCCUCCCUUUAUAACAAGAAGGCUUUGACCCUUAAGUUGGCGGUGAAAAAGAUUGGGAUUAUUAAUUUAUUCACCAGGAGUCUUCCUUUAAGGAUAAUGCUGGUUGGGCCAUCUCUAACUUUGCAGUGGUUGUUCUAUGAUACGAUUAAGGUUUUAAGCGGAUGGCCAACGAGUGGGUACAUCCGCCCCAGUUCAGAGGAGAUAAAUCACAUGCUGAAAUGAGAUGCACAUGAAGACGACAAGUCGGUCGAGAUUAAGCAAAUUUAGUUACAAAACCAUAAAGCCAAGAUUGCUUUUUUGUUCUUCUUGACAAGAAGUAUUUGCAGAUUUUCUUUGCUGUUUUGUGUGGGUUUGGAUUGGAUCCCUUUUCUUGGCAGUGUAUAUAUUCUCUAUUUCACCCACCACCCUCUGUUUAUUGCUGUGCUGGUUUCAGAGCCACUUGGUUUCUGAACAUUUAUGCCAACAGUUUUGGACAUAUGGUAAAUUUGAAUAUUAUUAGUAGAGCAUAUAGCCACAAGACUGAGUGCAUCUUAACAACCUCU